CUAUUUACCCUUUUAUACUUUUUCAUAUUGACAUUCUAUGCAAUUACAACCUUUAUUUCGUUUUUAUCAUACGAUUUUUAUAAAUAAUUAUUACACCAAAGAUAAAAUUUUGUGAAUUUGUUCAAUUAAAAUAUAUAAAAUGUCUUCAAAGCAAACAGCUAAAAAGUAUAAAUGGGCAUUAGAUUUUAGCAACAUAAAAAAUGGGGACUUGCCAUCUCCACCGGGUUACAAUCCGUCAGUACUAGUCAACCAGACUGAAGUGGUGAGAGAUCAACGACUUGUUAUUAAGAAGUCGUGGGACUUGGCGCUUGGUCCUUUGAAGCAGAUUCCGAUGAAUUUGUUCAUAAUGUACAUGUCGGGUAGUUCCAUAUCGAUAUUCCCCAUAAUGAUGGUUGGCAUGAUGCUUAUCCGACCACUUAAAGCAAUGUUUUCCACUUCAGUCACAUCUAAAAUGGCGGAAGGCGCACAGGGCAGUGGUCAGAAACUCGUAUAUUUUUUGGGAAAUAUGGCGAAUGUAGCUGUCGCAUUAUACAAAUGUCAUAGCAUGGGCUUAUUACCAACACAUGCAUCUGACUGGCUCGCAUUUGUAGAACCUCAAACACGUCUUGAGUACUAUGGCGGCGGUGUAUCGUUUAUUUAAGACAAAUACAUAAACGUCUCAAAGAUUAAAAACGACAUAUAAUAUAGUUUUAUUUUUUAUCAUUGAAUCUAAUAUAGCAUUGAAAAGAGUGGUUUGACAAUAUAACCAAGUAUGAUACACAAAGCAA